AUGCUUGGGCUUCUUCAUUCAUUUCUAAGCUGUUCAGCCCAAUUGAUCGAGCUUUUGGGCAAACAAAAACCCUUCGCCGAUGACUCUCACCGUCACCUUCUUUCUCCUCAUCCUCCACUGCCUGCCUCCGCCUCCUGCGAAGAGGUCCGAUCAAUCCUCGAGUUCAGAAAAGGCAUCAAAUCCCACCCUUCGGACCUCUUCUUCUCCUCCUGGAUUCCCCCUGCCUCCUCCUCCGCCUGCUAUGACGACUUAUACGACGCCAUUUGCUACACCGCCGCCUCCGCCGUGGUCGUCGCCGCUCUCGACGGCCUCGACCUCACCUGUGAACUGAAAUUCUGGAUCCCUGCUCGCAGAUCCGUCAUCUCCACUGACAGAGUUUGUCCAAGGCGGUGUGAGGAGACGAAGGGCGAUUGUGACCUGGGGCGUCAAAGAUGGAUGGGGAAGGGCGAUAAGUGCAUCUCCCUGCUCGCGAUUGUCAUCUCCACUGACAGAAAUAAAAUUUAA